AUGAGCGGAUCAAUUUCCGUUCUUCAGUUACCUCUCCACUCCCCCCCACCACCACCACUAACGAUCACCUCUUUCUACAUACUCUUUUCUCCUGAACCCUUCCUCUCUCUUCAGUAUCCGAGAUCCGACUCCCUUGCAAAUGAAGAACUUCGGAAAAGGUCUCGGCCCAACCAAGAAGCUUUUCCGAAAAAUAAAAUCCGAUGUUUGUUUUCCCUGUCUCUCCUUUACUCUUUCCCACUUUCUAUCAUCCUCUCACUCUAUCAAAUUAGCCACCUCACUUUAUAUUUCUCAGACUCACUCCUCUUUUCUCUCCCUCUCUUCUUUUAUCAACCUCUCCUUUUCUAUCUAGCUCUCUUUAAUCUAGCCUCUCUCUUACCCCCUCUCUCCCCCUCCUUCUCUUCCCCUCUCCCUUUCUUUUACUCUAUAUCUCUCUCCCCUAACCCUCUCUUUCUAUCUAUCUAUCUAUCUAUCUAUCUAUCUAUCUAUCUAUCUAUAUAUAUAUAUAUAUAUAUAUAUAUAUAUAUAUCUACCAUCCUUUUAUUCAUUGCACCCUGUUCUUAUCUUUCUGGUGUCUUUAUCGUAUUCUUUCCGUUAUCAGUCUUUCUGUUUUUCUUGUCCUCUAUCAAAUUUUCUGUCUUCUCAUUCUUUCUUUCUUUCUUUUUUUCUUUCUUUCUUUCUUUCUUUUUUUCUUUCUUUCUUUCUUUCUUUACUUCCUUUCUUUCUAUUCUUCAUUCGCACACACACACAGCUUUCUUUACCCUCUCACCAUCUAUGCUUAACCCUUUCCUUCAUUCUUCAUCCUUCUUCAUUACAUUCUCUUUAAUCUCUAUCCCUAUCCCUUCCUCUCUCCUUCACUCCCAUUUUACUUUUUCUUUAUCUACCUCUCUUCUUUUUAUUCUUUCUAUCCUGCUCAUCGCCUUUCCUCUUCCCACUCUCUUUCAUCUCUCACGCUCUAUCUCUCUCUCUCUCCCUCUCUUCCUUACUUCGUUCCAAGCUUUCUUUUUUUUAUUCAUUAUACCUUAUGUCUCUCUUUUCUUUUUAGUUUUACGUUUCUCAGUUAGACAUUUCUUACCAUUUUAUUAA